AUGGCUCCUGUGAUGAUCUGGCUUCAGGUACUGCAGGAAUGCACUCAGCGGAUUGUGGACUACGCCAAGGAAUGCAACACCAGCAGGAGUGCCGUCGUAGAAGCUGAGAAGGACAGUGGACCGCUGGAAGGUUUUCGCUGUGCUGAUGUGCCCAACAGACAGCUGUGGAAAAAUUCAUGCACGCGGUUGCCGGGCCCGGACGAGCGACCCCUGGUCGUCCGGGGACUCGAUGGCCAGGUGUCGAUUGUGACCUUGGACUACUACCUUGCCAGGCCGGGCCCGGGAGAUUCAGAGCUUGCCAGAUGUUCAGGCAAAAAGUUGCGACAGGUCCCAGUGAUACGAAUCUUCGGGCAUACUCCGACAGGACAGACUGCGUGUGUUCACGUGCACGGGGUCUUUCCCUUCUUCUACAUCAAGGUCCCUCCAGAUCUCGUGGAGAACGAGGAUUCCUUUCUUCACAGCCUUGCAGAAGGUCUAGAGAAGGCCAUGACAAUGCACCAGAGCGCCGUCUCCCCUUAUGGUGUCCGCGAUCCUACGGCCGCGUACGUCUACGAUCUUCGCUGGGUUGAAGGUUGGGGCUCCAUCUAUGGCGCCAAAGCCGACGCCGGAAACGACAGCGACGGAAACGCCACGCGUUUCGUCCAGCUCUGGGCCACGGUGCCGCAGCAUCCGGCGACCAUGGCGCAUUUGUUGCAGCAAGGCGCCGUCAUGUCCAGCUCCUUCCAACCAUUUGAGGUGCAUUUGCCCUACCUGCUACAUUUCUUGGACUCCUUUUGCCUGGCCGGGAUGCGCGACCUGAUUCUUUUGCCUUCGCAGCUUGCCGUGCGAGGAAGUGUCAAAACGCUGGAGAGCUUUCCGUACCAUGUGAAGUGGCAAGGAGCUGGUUCCCUAAGGGCCCGUCUGCUGGAUCGUGCUGGAGUUCCACGACCAUGGUGGUGCGGAAACGCACGGAGGCCGCAGUCAGUUCACCCCAAAGCCUCGCGGUGCGAGGUGGAAGUCGAUUGCCGCGCCAGCGACUUGAUGCCUCCCAUUGCUGCCACGGCUUCGCAAAGUCCCAGUGGAGCCUCCGGUAGCUCUGCGGCGUCGGUGCAGCAGAGGACAUCCGGAUGGAUCUGCGAGACCCUAAGAGAGCUGUGGCGUGAUGAAGAACGCCGCUGCUUAGCCUUGGGUCUGUCAUAUCCUUGGACAGCUGCUGCGCCGGAGCCGGGCGAACCUGGAGACGGGCAAGGCACCCCCGACAUGGUGGAGGAGUGCAUGAUGAAGCAACUUCAUGCAGCGUUACGCGCAGGACGAAACCUGAUUGCCAAAGAGGAACUUUCGUCUCCGACGCCCGCUGCAUGGAGUCAAAGGAACCCGGACGAGGUGACGCCCAAAGAUAAGGUGUCCCCAAAGUUCGCAGAAGCCUGCGGGAAGUUGGAGGUGGCUGUAUCCCAGAGAUUGCUGCCCUGCAACGACACGGCUACAGCCGCACUGUUGGAUGGAGGCUACGCACGCUCCGAGCACGAGGAGGAUGCCGAGCAUGAAAGCGACUGUCCCUCCACGGAGCUGGACGAGGAGAACGAUGCCUCGCCUGAAGUCCUUCCCACCCAGCUGGAUGCCACACAGGCCAGCGUUGAAGGUGAGGAAGACGCCAGCGAGUUGAAGCAGACCGAGCCCUUAUCGCCCUUGAGACCGGCCACUUCACAGGAGAAACUGGUGGGCACCAUGUCAUGUUCGGCAAUGGGAUGCCAGCCCAACUAUUCCUGGAGUCCAACGUCGCGAAUGUCGGAGCCUUCAAGAGCUUUCAGGGAGCGUUCUGGACGAGCGUUGCAGACGAAGAUUAACGGUCCAAAAAAAGAGCAUGUUUGUCCUUGGCGCCGCUGA